AUGGUCAUCAGAAACAAGAAGAUGGGAUGUUUGAAUCAAGUUUCAAUCUUAUUCAUCUGUUUGCUGUUUUCUUUUUCUAACCUGUUGAUCACCAUACAAUACACAACUGCACAAGCUUUUUAUCCUAUCUGUUUAGGAGAUAGUAAUUACACUACUAAUAGUACAUUUCAAACUAAUCUUAACCUUCUUCUUCCUUUACUGUCCACUGCUGCCAACAAUUCAAUUAUCGUAAACAAUGGAUACUACUAUUACGCCACUGUUGGCCAAACCCCAGAUACUGUUUAUGGGUCUUUUCAGUGUAGGGGUGGUGUUACACUAGAUGCCUGUCAAAGUUGUGUUAAAGUCGCUUCUCAAGAGAUAAAAGAAGAUGAUGGAUGUCCAAAUUCCAAACAAGCAAUUAUUCGAUUUGAUAUAUGUAUGUUAAUGUACUCGAAUCAAUAUUACUUUAAUACUAUGGAGGAUAAACCAAGAGUGCCAUUCUUGAAUGAUGAAAGUGUUACUGAUCCAGAUCGGUUUAGACCAAUCUUAGCUAAUUUACUGAAACGUAUAGCAACAGAAGCUGUGGUUAAUAAGAAUAUUACUAAUUUUGCUAUUGGAGAUGCAAACUAUACCAAUGGUAUAAGAAUAUAUGUAUUAGUACAGUGUACUGCAGACAUACCUCCAUUUAGCUGUUAUGAUUGCCUUGUUGGAGCUAUAUCUUAUUUACCAGAUUGUUGUGAUGGCAGUCGAGGUGCAAGGUUUAUUAGUCCUAGUUGUAGUAUUAGAUAUGAAUUAUAUCCAUUUAAUUCUGCAAAUGCUCCUCCACCACCUCCACCUCAAUCAUCUUCUACUGCUCCUCUUGUAUCACCAAAUGCAAAUGGGAAUAAUUCAUCCAAACUUGCUAUCAGUAUAGUCGUUCCAUCGGUUAUUGCAGUACUUUCCGCCAUUUCCUUCUGGUUUUUCUGUUUCUGGAUAAAGAAAACAAAGACAAGGAAGUUCGAUUAUGUCAAUGAUGAGGUUCUAACUACAGAAUCGCUGCAAUUCAACUUCGGUACAGUAAGUACCUCAACAGAUAAUUUCUCUGAAGCUAACAAACUUGGACAAGGUGGGUUUGGCGCUGUUUACAAGGGUACACUUUCAGAUAGCUGGCAAGAAAUAGCCGUGAAGAGGCUAUCAAAACAUUCCGGACAAGGUGAGCAAGAGUUCAAGAAUGAAGUUACCUUGGUAGCUAAACUUCAACACAGAAAUCUUGUAAAGCUUGUUGGUUUCAGUCUAGCUGGUGAAGAAAAACUGCUUAUCUACGAAUACAUGCCAAAUGGAAGCCUUGACCAAUUCUUAUUCGAUCCAGUUAAGCGUAUACAGCUGGAUUGGGAAAGACGAUCCAAGAUAAUAAGAGGGGUAGCAAGAGGGCUUCUCUAUCUUCAUGAGGAGUACCGACUUAAAAUCAUCCAUCGGGAUCUCAAAGCUAGCAAUAUAUUAUUAGAUACAGACAUGAAUCCUAAAAUUGCAGAUUUUGACAUGGCUAGGCUCUUCGUGCUUGACCAGACUGAAGCUAGUACAAACAGAAUUGUUGGAACUCAUGGCUACAUGGCUCCAGAGUAUGUAAGGGAUGGCGAGUUCUCUGUGAAAUCAGACGUUUUUAGUUUCGGUGUCUUGGUUUUAGAGAUACUUUGUGGAAAGAGGAACAGCAGUUUUCGUAAAACAGAGAUUGCUCGGGAGCUUCUAAGCUAUGCAUGGAGACAUUGGAAUAAUGGAUCUGACAUAGAAAUAUUAGAUCCAACCUUGAAGGAUGCAUGUUCUAGAAGUGAAGUGAUGAGAUUCAUCCAUGUUGCGUUAUUAUGUGUUCAAGAAAUUGUUGCAUAUAGACCCACAAUGCCGACGGUUGUCCUAAUGCUAAACAACUCGGUCACCAGUCAUGAUUUACUUUCAUCACCUGCAUUUUUUACUGAUACUACGAGACAUAUUGAGCCACAUCCUAGCUUAUAUCUAGGCUACAGUGGAGAACAAGGAAACGUGAAUGGCAGGUCAAGCACUGUAGCAGCAAACUGGAGCGUGAAUGAAGUUUCAGUUUCAGAACUAUACCCUCGAUGA